UCUAAGGGUUGGAUUUCAUCUGUAUCGCGGAAGAGCCGUGUUAAAAUUGAAAGGUCAUUUACGAUUGCGCGACACAUGCAGCGUUUACCGUUUACCGUUCUCCGCGAACGCCGGAACAUUGCCUUUACGAUUCAACGGAGCUACAACGCGGGUAUUCCGUGAUACUUCUGCGAUUAGGAUUGACUCCAGCCCUGAGAGGCUGUCGGAUGUUAAUGGUAGCGUGAGUGCUUCGAUGGAGCACCUGGUGAGUGAGCUGAACAUGCUGCUGAAGCUGCUGGACCAGGAGAGUGUGAGCAGGGCCACAACGGAGAAGAUGAGCACAGUCCGGAGCCUGCUGGGGCAGCUGCAGCCAUCAGUGAAUGGAUCAGACUUCAUUUACAUGAACACUUCUCUUUAUGGAAAUGGCACCAGCUUUGUGGAAUCCCUGUUUGAGGAAUUCGACCUGGAUGAGUUCAGACCCUCCCCAGAAGAACUAAAGGAACCGGUUGAGGAGGAGGAACCGGUUGAGGAGGAAACCCCCAAAAUACCGCCCUCAAAAAGUCCCACUGACACCCCACCUCCUCUGCCAACCACCCCUCCCCCAGAGGACUAUUAUGAGGAGGCAGUGCCCCUGGAUCCAGGCACUGCGACCCAAUACAUCACCGCCAACAUCUCCAAACGCAUCAGCGCAAGUCCCCCAAAUUCCAUUGAAGAUGCAUAUUAUGAGGAUGCUGACAAUAAUUACCCCACCACCCAAAUCAAUGGCCCGCACAAGAACUCAUACGCUGAUUCAGACGCGCUGAGCAGCUCCUAUGAAUCGUAUGAUGAGGAGGAUGAGGAGGCGAAGGGCCAGGACAGGACUCGUCAGAGGUGGCAGUCAGAGGAGAACUCUGUGGGCCCCAUGAAGGACUGUCGUAUCUGUGCCUUUUUGCUGCGCAAGAAACGCUUCGGCCAAUGGGCCAAACAGUUGACGGUCGUCCGUGACAACAGAUUACAGUGCUACAAGAGCAUUAAAGACAGAAGCCCACACAUUGAGCUGCCGCUGAACCUGUGUAACGUCAUCUACAUUCCCAAAGAGGCGCGCCGCAAGAAGCACGAGCUGCGUUUCUCCCUGCCUGGUGGAGAGGCCUUGGUGCUGGCUGUCCAGAGCAAGGAGCAGGCGGAACGAUGGCUCAAGGUGAUCCGGGAGGUGGCCAGUCAAGCCACCAGCAGUGAAGGAUUAGAGGGCUCAUCCUCUCCUAUGAUCCAGAGGAAGAUGGAGCUGGACAAGUUACUAGGAGCUGACAAGCACACUGUAGUGUUGGUUGACAAGCACACCUCUGACUCUGACAGCGUGGCCACAGGUGACAACCUGCCCUCUGGUCAGCUCCGUGACAACUGUGAAGGGAAGGGGAAGAGGGGGGCGUUUUCAGAGCUGACGGGGUCUAUGAGCAGAGCGGCUGGACGGAAGAUCACCAGGAUCAUCAGUUUCUCUAAGAAGAAGCCUCCUCUCCCAGGAGACGCUGCGUCCUCCUAUCACCAUGACGACAACCCCCGCUGUGGUUACCUAAAUCUACUGCUGAGCCAGUGUUGGAGGGAGAGAUGGUGCUGUGUGAGGAGUGGAACACUGUACCUUCACAAAGACCGGGGCGACCUGGGUACUCAUGUAAGAGCUGUGGUCCUCCAUGGGGCUGAGGUCAUACCUGGUGUAGGGCCCAAUCACCCCUUCGCCUUCCGCAUCCUGCAAGGAGGCAACGAGGUGGCUGCCUUGGAGGCCAGCUGUUCAGAAGAGAUGGGCCGCUGGCUGGGGGUUCUGCUGGCAGAGUCUGGCUGUGCCACCAGCCCUGAGGCUUUGCACUAUGACUAUGUGGACGUGGACACCAUCACUAGCAUCACAGACGCAGCAAGACACUCCUUCCUAUGGGCUACCUCCUCCAGCAGCGCCUCGACUGACUCCAGAACGUAUGACGCGGUUCCUUAUGAGAGCAUAUUGCAGCCAGAGGAGCAGGUACACAGACCAGGAGCUCAGGUGAAACACCACUCUUCUUUCCCUAGCAGCAGAGAGACUGAGAAGGUGGACUCCCUAGUCACCACAAAGAUACACUGCUCCAAUGCGAAUCAGAAUAUAUCAGGGAAGUAUGGUAAAACACGAGCAGAGGGCGAUGCCAGGAGGUACCUGAAGGAGAAAGACGAGAUGGAGAAGAAGCGAGAGGUCCUCAAAAGUGCCCUGCUUGUGUUACGCAAUGAGAGGAAAGAGGUGAAGGAACAACUGAAGGACGCUACAGGUAAGCAGCAGAAGCAGCUGGAGAAGCGUUUUGCCCAGCUGGAGGAGAACUGCAGGGCGAAGGAGGGGGAGCGGGUGGACCUGGAGCUGCGUCUCACUGAGGUGAAAGAGAAUCUAAAGAAGUCGCUGGCUGGAGGGGUGCUGGGGCCGCCCACAGAGAGCAAACCCCCCAGAAAGGCCCAGAUCAGUAAAGUUGAUCAUCUAUACAGCGAGGCAUCCAUGCCAGUAAACUGUGCUGCUGAGAUGAGGAAGCGUCCCCUAUCCAUCUAUGCAUCUAGCAGAGGGAAUGUCAUGCAGAAAGCCAAGGAAUGGGAGUCGAAGAAGGGGACUUAGAAAGACAAUGCUCAUGCAGAUGGACAGUCUAAUUCUGGUCUUGGAACAUGUUGGAGCUGAUUUGAAAGAGGGGAGAGCGGGUGAAGCAGGCACUCCAUUCUCAACUUUUCCACUCCCCUCUUGAGAGCUCAACAUUUACUGCACUUCGCUGAGCUGAGAAACGUGUGACUGGAGAAGACGAGACACUGAAUCUCUUGGAAUUGUUGUAGAACCUCACUCAAAGCACUAGUUCACUUGGAAACGCUGAAUGUUCAUUCUGUGAUUCAGUAAUCGCUUGCGUUGCAUGUGGUACCGUUGUUCCUUCAGACUGUGGAAGAGGAUAUGUUAUGGAGAUUCCAUGUGAAUACAUCAGAGGGCUGGAGAUGUUGAGAGCUGAGUGGUUUUCAGAGGUUGAAUAUGCACAUAUCUGCACGAAAGGAUACAAAAGGGAAAUAGAACGUAUCGAUUGUGAGUUUGUUGUUAGAAUAAUAGCCUAAAGGAGAUACUGAAAUACAGUUCUAUGCUGUAUCCGCUAUGCACGUAACUUCAGAACACAUACAGUAAGCUGGUCAAAGAGGGAGAGGAAACGACUGUUCAUGUAUAUGAAACACUUAUUUCAGAUUGUGAUUUAACAAUUUGGUGCAGCUGGACAACAGACAGAAGAAAAAAACCAAUAGAAUAACACCUGUAUAAAACCAAAUAGUUAUUGUAAUGGGAGACUAAUGACUAAACAAAGAUGUUUCUUCAUUACGUAAUUCACUGACUGUUUCUCAGUGUAAUGAGCCUUUUUACUUUUAAUUACUUUUGCACUUUAUGUUAUUUGUAUUGUACAUUAAAAGCUGUUCAUUGA